UCAACGGAAACACAAACAUCGAACAUGAAGGCCGAUUUCUUUUCCAAGUCUAAGAAACUUCCAGAAAAACCCAAGACUUGGCAGGAGUACAAAUUAACACGAAAAAGUAAACGAUCGAAUCUCGAAGUUCAACAGUGGACUGUCUAUUCUCUCGCUGAUUUACUCGUUGCUACAGUUUUGGUGAUUGUCACCAUGGCCAGUGCGGAGUCAUCGAGGUAUCAGCAGAAUAAAUUGAGCAGACAAAGCGCGGAACCUUCGGGGCCGUACGAGCCGAGAGGUUGGAGGCCAGAAGGAGCGGCUUUCACCUUGCCAUCGAGGUCUCAACCACAGGUGUCCUACGGACCUCCGGCACAAGAAUAUGGACCACCCCAGCCAGAACCGACCACCACCGAAAUGCCGACAACAACUGAAGCGGAAACCGAAGAGAUCCCAACCGAAGAACCGCUGAGGGAAUCGGAGCGUUUGGAGGAUGGCAGGAAAUCUGCUAAAGUGCAAGAACAACCUGCCGACGGCGGGCGGCCCGUGUACUUUGUUCUUCCCCAAAGCCAGAACUACUUCUACGCCGUCCAACAAAGCGGCCCUUUGGUUGCCAACCUGCCAACAACUUCUGCAAGACUGCAGGCGCUUCCCAUCCGCGGGCCCCAAUUCACAGUCAACCCUUUCUAUAGCGCUCCCCUCAUCCAGAUCUACCAGUAACAAACUAACUUACUAUGGAAACACGAACGCAUCUAUUUAUUUUACCAAUUAUCGCAUUCAACAGAUUAUG